GGUUGUUGUUGUGGUUGUUAUUGUGGUUGUUAUUGUGGUGGUGGUUGUGUUUGUUGUGGUUGUGGUUGUUGUUGUUGUUGUGGUUUGUUGUUGUGGCGAUGUCCGUGCCUGCGGCUCUGCGCGCCGUGCUGCAUCACUGCCGCGCUGCAGGGGAACUCGACUCGCGGGACCCCGUGGUCGCCUUCUACUGUCGUCUCUACGCGUUCCAGGUUGGGAUGAAAAUUGAAAACAAAUCUCCAGAAUGCAGAAAAUUCCUCCUGUCACUCAUGGAUCAACUUGAGAAGGCUAAGCAGGCUCUCUCUGCCUGUGAGUCCAUCUCCAGCGAGGUCGUGGGCCAGGCUCACGUCGAGAAUUUCGCUCUCAAGAGUUUUCCUCUUCGCCGACAACGAAGACCGGCGGGGAGAUUCAACAAGAACGUGGUGAAGUCGUUCUACACGGCGAGCCUCCUCUUCGACGUCCUCACCGUCUUCGGGGAACUCACCGAUGAGGUGGUGCGUCACAGGAAGUACGCACGAUGGAAGGCUGCUCACAUCCACACGUGCCUGAAGAACGGAGAGACCCCAACUCCUGGCCCACUCCCAGGCGGUGACGACGAGGAUGAGGAGGAGGAGGGGGAGGACGAGGGGGGGGCAGGCCUCGGAGCCUCGGGAACGUCGCCGGGAACGUCGCUGCCGCUGCCGCCGCCAUCUUCGUCCGCUGUGGGAGGCUCCGCCCACUGCGACUACGGAUGGAGGGGAGGGGCCCCGGCGGGCGGGGGGGGGGCCGGGGGGGGGGGCCGGUGGGGGGGCCGGUGGGGGGCCGGGGGGGGGCUGCCCGGACCGACGGGCGGCCGGGCACCGGGGCCAGGAACUCAGGCACCAGCAAACACCCCGGCAAACACUCCCCACGGCCCACAAGCAUCGGAUGCCAGCGCUGACUCAAGACAAAGUCAGACAGGCGUGCGUCUCACAGCCGAGGACUUGGCACGAGCCCAGAAGCUUUGUAAGUUUGCGGGCAGCGCCCUGCAGUACGAAGACGUGGGCACAGCUGUUGACAACCUGUCACGUGCCCUGCGCCUGCUCACCACGGGUCACGAGUGAUCACGUGGUAGUGACCACGUGGUCACUACCACGUGGUCACCACCGUGGGCACAGCUGUUGACAACCUGUCACGUGCCCUGCGCCUGCUCACCACGGGACACGAGUGACCACGUGGUCACUACCACGUGGUCACUACCACGUGGUCACUAUCACGUGGUCACUACCACGUGGUCACUACCACGUGGUUACCCUGGGCACAGCUGUUGACAACCUGUCACGUGCCCUGCGCCUGCUCACCACGGGACACGAGUGACCACGUGGUAGUGACCACGUGGUCACCGUGGGCACAGCUGUUGACAACCUGUCACGUGCCUUGCGCCUGCUCACCACGGGUCACGAGUGAUCACGUGGUCACUACCACGUGGUCACUAUCACGUGGUCACCACCGUGGGCACAGCUGUUGACAACCUGUCACGUGCCUUGCGCCUGCUCACCACGGGACACGAGUGACCACGUGGUAGUGACCACGUGGUAGUGACCACGUGGUUACCGUGGUUACUACCACG